AGUGCAGGGGUAAAAUCGUGCAGGUUGCGGCUUGUUGUGCUAGCUUAGCUUUAGCUUUGUUAUUGCUAACCCGUGUUGAUUAACGAGGUGUUUUUAAGUUUGUUCAGAUGUCAGAUAAGAGCGUUAAACGCCCCGGGGUGGGGGUCGGGGUGCUGGUCACCGACUCAGCCCACCCCGGCUGUGUUCUCCUGGGGAAACGGAGGAGUGCGAUGGGCGCAGGGAAGCACCAGCUUCCCGGGGGGCACCUGGAGUUUGGAGAGACGUGGGAGGAAUGUGCUCACAGGGAGGUCCUGGAGGAAGCUGGGGUGCAUUUGGUGAAUGUCCGCUUCGCGUCUGUGGUGAACUCCAUCAGGCUGGAGGAGCAGUACCACUACGUCACCAUAUUCAUGCAGGGGGUCCUGGACAGGAAGCGGUCGGGAGAGCCGGAGAACCUGGAACCCGAGAAGAACGAAGGAUGGACGUGGACACGCUGGGACCAGUUUCCUCCAGAGCAGCAGCUGUUCCUGCCGCUGGCCGAUGUGAGACAACAAGGCUUCCAACCAUUCACAGACACUGAAACUCAGCAUUGAGACUGCAUGGUACUCAAACAACGCAUCCUUCCCCAAAAUAAACACACCUUCUACACCUUGUUCUCUGUAGUUGGAGCAGAUAGCUGCCUGUCCUCAGACCUCAUGGUGCACGCUGGUAUUUCUUCAAACUGCUGUUACAUUGAAAAGUUUGUAUUUUUUAUAUAAGAAAUUAAACUCAUUUUAAUGAUGCCACAAAUAAAACACAAGUAUGAACAAAAGUAA